UCAGCUGAUCGGCUUCACAAGGGAAGCCACGUGUCACAUGACACUUCCAGUCUUGAGCAACAUGGCUGCACGACAGGAGUGAGUACAUUAUUUUCUGUAUUAUUUCUGUGAUUUCUCUUUGUGUUAAGCGUAAUUGGGCACUGAUUCUAAAUAAAUAAAAAUGUAUAAUGCAUGAAUUGUUAGCUCGCUAGCUAUCUGCAUAUACCUGAUCAACUAAGCUAACUCUCGUUAUCGGUGCUAACUGUCAAGCGUAAGAAAAGAGCGGCGUACUUUUUGCAGGUUGGCAGUCAGGAAUCAAUGAGCAACGUUGCCAGUUAAUUAACUAACUAACUACCUAUGCCUGUCUAACUUGAUAUUUAUUCGCAGGAUAGGGAAAAAAUAGGUGGUUACAGCUCCAGUUUGUGGAUAAUAUUAGCAAGUCUCUCUACAGACGGGUUGCUUCCGGAAUAAUAUUAGUGCUGGGAAUUGCCAGGGACCUCACGAUACGAUAUUAUCACGAUACUUAGCUAGGUGCCGAUACGAUAUGUACUGCGAUUCUAUAUGUAUCACGAUUUAUCACAUUUCGAUGUCUGCGGCAGAGGGACAGGAGAGAGCCAUAAUUAUAAAAACUAGUUUUGAUCAGUCAAGCACUGAAAACAUGUUGGCUCACCAUUUAAAAGUAAGAUUGAGGCCAAACUAUAGGACGUUUUUGCGCAGGUACAGCCAACUAGCACUAGCCAACAUUAACUACCUAGCAAAAAAAAGGGAGAGAGAAUCGAUAUAAUAUUGUAAAAAAUACGCUACUGCAGUGGUCACCAACCUUUGAGUCAAGAUCACUUUUGCAGUCCAAAAACAAGCCGAGAUCUACUGCUCAGACCAUGCAACAUUAAUAAAAACAGUUCUGUAGGAAUGAAGUUUGUGCAGUAGGCCUAAUACUUUGUCACAGCAUAUUGGCUAUAUGUGCGUGGCCUGCCAAUAUUGUUUUUCUAAGACCAUAUUAUAUUUAAAAACUCGAGCUUUGAUAACGAAAUAGAUCAGUUGUACCACUUGCGAGGCACAGCUGAGCAUACAUUGAAGUAAUUCGCUUUUUUAUUUUACUGAACUGAGUAUCUGCAUCUGAUGGUCAGUCUCAGCGGAGGGAGGGAGAGAGCAGCAGAGGGUCCGCCUCUCACUGUCCCUGCUCUCUCCUUUACUCCGGUGAGACUGGACAGAGAGAGGAAACCGUCCUACCACGGAUGGCGAAACUCGAGUCGCACCGCAUUAUUUUUGCCUCAUGCACAAAUUCAUGUUGCUUUGACUAGAGGAAGUGAAAUAUUCCUUGAUAUUAAAAUAGAUAUGACAAGCUGCUAAUAAUAAAAGCGCAGGCCUAUCGAUACACUUGGCUACUAAUUAAUUGCAGCUGUGGCGCGAGAGGAAGUAGGGAGAAGCGCGUUUUGUAAAAGUGUUGACUGUGCUGAAUAAAAACUUUAAAACAAACUAACUCAUAAAAACAGCAGGGCUUUGCUGUAUUCUUUGACAGUUUAUCUCUGGUCAUGGUUUUAAAAGUUAUGAAAUCUCACGUAGGCUAGUAUCAAACUUUGCUGUGGGGUCAUGGAAGCUGUACUAGGCACUGUGAUUUGAGCUAUCUAAUUGGCCAGCGCAGUAGGCACACUUGAUUUAACUACAGCUCUUCUGGUCAGCCGGGUAGAUGGAGUUUGACCCUUCAGACAAAUUAAAUGUUCAAAAGACAUUGCCUACCUGGCACGCAGGGCUUCUGAAUCAAGUGCACCUUCUGUUACGGAGUCUAGUUGAUAGGUAAUCGACUAGUUGGACUGUUCCCCAGACUCCACGCGUAGGGAUUUGUACAAGGCUGAACAAGGCUAUUGAACUGAACAUUGGUGUCUGUCUUUAUUCCUUAAUCCAACAUAUCAUACAGAAACAUGGUAUCAGAAGUGGCUCGGAAAACACACGUUUGUUAUUUUUGUAGCUAAGUACAGUAUAGGCGCAGUUACGUUCCAUAUGCGAACACAAGCCGUUUCCUACUCACAACACUGAUCAACUCGUGUUAGCUGGCUAGCUAGCAUCACUACCUACCUCCAUGACUGAAGACAAAGAAAUCUCCUAUUCCAUUGCUAUGGCAGCGAACAUUCCGCCACCAAAUCACAUGGUUCUCACAGGGGACUGGAAUACUAAUUGGGACAACUUCAGGGAUGAAUUCGAGGACUAUGCGCUGGCGACCGGUCUACGUGAGAAACCCAACGAGGUACAAGCGGCAACUCUGAGGAGUUUAAUGGGCAGCGAAUGCAGGCAUAUCUACCGGCACAAUCUCACCCUCACGGCACGACAACAGUGUGAUGCAAAGGCUAUAUUGGAUGCAUUGGAGAAUUACUUCAAACCCGCCAGAAACGUAAUUUACGAGCGGUUCGUUUUCGGAAGCUGCAAACAGGAAGAGGGUGAGUCAGUACACAACUUUGUAACCCGUUUGAGAGAGAAAUCCGCCACUUGUGAAUACGGGGGAUUGAAAGAUGAACUGAUUCGUGACAAAAUAGUACUGGGAAUUGCAAAUGAGAAUACGCGCCGGCGUCUACUGAGAGAGAGAGGCUUAACAUUAGUAACUGCCAUCGAAAUGUGCCGCACUGCUGAAGUCACUGACAUGAGAAUGAGAGCAAUGGAAACUGAAACCCCACGCUCCGACGUUGAUACUGUUCACGCUGUUGCUAGGCAGACAUUCAGACAAAACCAAUCGAGGCAGAGUAAUUCACCACGAACGGUGAACACAGAGAGCCCCGUAGCAUGUAAAUACUGUGGGAAUACACACACACGUGGCAAAGAGCACUGCCCGGCCUAUGGAAAACCAUGCAGAGCUUGUGGAACUAAUAAUCACUUUGCAAAAGUGUGUCUCAAAAGCAAAAGAAGGGUGAGUGAGGGCAAGAUUCACUGUGUUGAUGAUGUUACUCAAUGUUCAGAGCUGAACAGUGAAAGUGACAUUUACAUGCAUGAAUCCAUUGGGGCUGUACACUCAAGAGGGAAGAAAUGGUUUGUGACACUACGAUUACACAACAAGCAACAACAAUGUCAACUGGAUUCGGGUGCUACAUGCAACGUAAUGAGCUACAAAGACAAAAUCAAUCUGGCACCUGACACACAUCUAUUUCCCAGCGAUACUAGACUAAAGCUGUACUCAGGAGAACUAAUGAGCUCUAUGGGCACCUUUGAGACCGAAUGUGUUAUUCGGGGACGCAAACACAAGCUGGAGUUCGAGAUUGUGAAAACCAGUCAAAAUCCUCUCCUCUCAGGCUCUACAUGCGAACGCCUGGGACUGAUGCAGUUCACUGUACCAAAGGACCUGCACAUUGUGGAUCAUGUCCAGCAUGGACCCCUGUCCAAAGAACAACUACUCAGUAGAUAUGACGAUGUAUUCAACAUGCCCGUUGAAUCAGUGCCUGGGGAGGUACACUUUGAAGUGGAUGAGAGCAUUACUCCAGUCCAGUGUGCUCCUCGCAAUGUGCCCAUUGCAAUGAAAGUGGCUGUGAAGGCCCAGCUGGACAAGUAUGAGGCCGAUGGCCACAUGACAUCUGUGACUGAACCAACUGACUGGAUCAGCAAUAUGGUCAUAGUAAAAAAACCAGAGAAGCUGAGGGUCUGCAUCGACCCAAAGCAUCUGAACCAAGCACUGAAACGAUCCCACUACAUCAUGCCGACACUAGAGGAUGUCCUCUAUAAGCUUCCCAAGGCCAGGAUUUUCACCUUGGUGGAUGCCCGAGAUGCAUUCCUUCAAUGCAAGCUGGACGAAGAAAGCAGCUUCAUGACUACCUUCUGGACCCCCUGGGGUCGGAAACGCUGGCUCAAGCUCCCGUUUGGUGUCUCAGUGGCGCCUGAGGUAUACCAACGCAAGCAGCACGAGUUACUGGCUGGGCUCAAGGGCAUUGAACCCAUCGCCGAUGAUAUCCUGAUCGUAGGCUGUGGUGAAACAGACGAAGAAGCAGAACGCGACCACGAUGUGAAGCUCCUGGCACUGAUGGAGCGCUGCCGAUCAGUUAAGCUUCGUCUUGGCCUGAAGAAGCUGCAGUUCAAGGUGAAAGACGUCCACUUCCAUGGCCACAUUCUCUCGGCAAAAGGCCUGAAGCCGGACCCAGACAAGGUCCAAGCGAUCCUCGACAUGCCAAACCCGUCUGAUGCAAAAGGAGUACAGCGUCUCAUCGGCUUUGCAAACUAUCUUGCAAAGUUCAUGCCACACCUAUCAGCAGUCUGUGAGCCUCUGCGCCGAUUGCUGGACAAAGACACACCAUGGCACUGGCUACCCAAGCACGAGGCCGCAGUGCAGGAGAUGAAAUCUCUGGCUUCAUCCAUGCCAGUGUUGCGCUACUACGACGUCACGAAGCCUGUCACAAUCCAGAGCGACUCUAGCCAAAGGGGACUUGGAUGCUGCCUUAUGCAGGAAGGCCAGCCCGUUGCGUUUGCCUCGAGAGCGCUCACCCCCACCGAACAAAACUAUGCACAAAUUGAGAAAGAGUGCCUCAGCAUCGUCUUCGCCUGCCAGCGAUUCCAUCACUACUUAUAUGGUCGAGAGCUGGUCACCGCUGAAACUGACCACAAACCACUCAUUGCCAUAUUCAGUAAACCUCUCCUCAACGCGCCCAAGAGGCUUCAAAGUAUGCUCCUGACUCUGCAAAACUACAGCCUGAAGGUCAUUUACAAGCCAGGACCUGAGAUGUACAUCAGCGACACACUGAGCAGGGCAACAGCACAAUGUACAGGUAGAGGCACUGCCUAUCAGCGGCAGGCCAUCUGUUCGCUACAGCAGGAACAACAAGAUGUUCAACAGAUCAAUCAGGCAGACUACUUAAACGUGACAGAUCACCGCCUAGCCCAGAUCAGGCAACAUACUGACAAGGACGAACACCUACAGUCACUGAAGUCCAUGGCUCUAGCAGGUUGGCCAUAUCUGAAAGAGGAGACACCUUUCACAGUGAGAGAAUACUGGACCUUUCGAGAUGAGAUCAGUGUGCAAAAUGGCGUCUUGUUCAGAGGUCAGAAGGUCAUUAUUCCCAAAUCACUACGUCCAGAGAUGCUUACCCGCAUACACUCCAGUCACGUCGGAGGUGACGCAUGCUACCGUCAGGCUCGUGAAACAUUAUACUGGCCAAACAUGCAAGCAGAAAUUAAAGACUUUGUCAGCAACUGUACCACAUGCAACGAGUACGCUCAUGAACAGCAAAAGGAAACCAUGAUGUCACACGAACUGCCCACAAGGGCCUGGCAAAUCAUCAGCAUGGACUUAUUCAGCCACAGACAAAAGGACUAUCUUCUCCUCGUUGAUCAUUACUCUGACUUUUGGGAAAUUGAACUGCUCCCUGACUUGUCCGCAGAGACGGUCAUAAAGCGCUGCAAGGCGCAGUUUGCAAGGCAAGGUCAGCCUGACAAGGUAAUCACGGACAAUGGCCCACAAUUCACUGCACAGUUCAAGCGUUUCGCCUCAGAAUGGGAGUUUGACCACGUGACCUCCUCUCCAAGACACCCAAAAGCAAAUGGCAAGGCAGAAUCAGCUGUCAAGAUUGCAAAAAACCUGUUAAGCAGGGCCUUGCGCGACAGCAACGACCCAUGGAAAGCGAUCUUACAGUGGAGGAACACACCCACCGAAAACAUGGACAGCAGCCCAGCACAACGCCUUCUGUCCAGACGUCUGAAGACUACUAUCCCCGUAGCUAACAAGCUACUUGAGCCCUGCGUCAUGGUUGGCGUCACGGACAAACUGCGUCACAGAAAGCAGCUCGCUAAGUGCUUCUACGACCGGACUGCUCGAGACCUACCAGAGCUGGAGGUGGGUGAAACUAUAAGGAUGAAACCGCUGCCGGGAGACCACACAGGACUUUGGAGGCUGGGCACAUGCCUACAGAGAGUUGCACCACGUUCUUACCUGGUGGAUGUUGGUGGCUCCCUCUAUCGUCGCAAUCGGGUGGAUCUGCGCGUAGCAGAGCAGACAAACCAGAACAUGCCAUACACUCACUUAGAUGAGCUGGAUCACAGUCCAGGCCUAAGGGUAAGGGGUGCAGAAUUGAGACAUGAGCCAACUGAAGGUGAAGCUUCUACCCCACCAAACUCUCCAGCUCGUGGCCCUAAUCCUACCCCAGUCAGAGCCAAUACUUACUCACGGGUGGGUCGGCUGUGCAAGCCACCGGACAGGCUUACUCUGUAAGCAAGAGACUUAACUGGUUGUCUGUUAAUUUAAAAAAAAAAAAAAAAAAAAAAAAAAAAAAAGGAAGAUGACAGCUGAAGUAAAAAGAAAAUGUCAGGCUUUUCAAUUGUUAUGACUUGACUGUUAAGAACGCAAUGUUAUGUUUGCACUUUCAAUUGUUAUGACUUGACUGUUAAGAACGCAAUGUUAUGUUUGCACUUUCUAUUGAAAAGGAUGAUGUUACGGAGUCUAGUUGAUAGGUAAUCGACUAGUUGGACUGUUCCCCAGACUCCACGCGUAGGGAUUUGUACAAGGCUGAACAAGGCUAUUGAACUGAACAUUGGUGUCUGUCUUUAUUCCUUAAUCCAACAUAUCAUACAGAAACACCUUCUGCCAAAAGCGCAAAGUCUAAUCAAAUAAAAAAAAAGGAGCGCAAGCCUUUAUCGUUGGCUUUUCUACAGAAAUGUUUGGUGAUCAACUAAGAAUGCCUAGAAUAUCGACCGGUUGGUGGCCACUGCUCUACUGUAUCGAUUUUCCCCAUCCCUACAAUAUGUCAAUGCUCCAAUUGUUAUUAAUUGAUAUGGAGGUGAUAUGAUGCAUUAUACUAUAUCCUCCUAUCAUAGCUCAUGUUUCUUGUUUAAAUGUACUGCAUCUCUGAAACAGGAAGCCCACGUUGAAACCCACUCACAUGAUCACAGAAGUGUUUAGACAACUUAUUGUUGAGUUGACAAAAUCUGAGGCAGGUUGGUGAUCAACAACUCUACAGUUAGUGAUCUUUGAUCAUGUAAAUCGGUAUGUGUUGUUACUAAAUCACACUAGGAAGGGAGCACUCUCCAGAGAUCAAGUGUUAUCUUUACCACACACUGGGGAUCAUUAAACCAGAUCCAUUUAGGGCAAUAAUGUUCUACAGUUCCAUCCAUCUGAGUUUGUGCACAAUCAUCUUUUUUGUUGAGUGUAAAACUCUUGAGUCCUAAAAAUGGUCAAUAUCCUCACCACUUCUGCUAAAGUUUCACUAAAAAUGUCACUUUCAUAACUGUGUGCAGUGUAAUGAUGAACAACUAUUUUAAUUUUUUAAAUUGUAUAUUUACUAAAGGGUUUGUCAGUAUUUUAUAGAUUAUUUUUUUGAAUGUUUCAGUUCAGCUGAUUCUGUCUAAGGCAGGCAAUUGGGUUAGGUAACUGAAAAUAGCAAACUACUAGACAGUAAUGUACAACAUAUUAACCCAUUUCCCAAUGCUGUCUUUCUGUAGACCUGUGUAUUGGCUGGGCAAAGACACCCUGAGAGUGUCAGCAGCCCUGUUUGCUGAGAACCGGCGGCGGCUGUGCCAGGGCCUGAAGGCCAAGGAUGGGAUGCCCCCCAAGUCUGUGGUCGUGCUGCAGGGAGGGGAGCAGAAGCAGAGAUACUGCACCGAUACAGACAUGCUCUUCAGACAGGUACAUGUUUAAUAACAGUCAAUUACAGAUAUGCCUUUUAUCCCAAAGCAGCGUAUAGUGCAUACAUUUUCAUAUUGAUGACCCCAACGGGAAUUGAAUCCACAAUUCUGCCGUUGCUCUACCAACUGAGCCACAUAGGAUCACACAUUGAUGAGAUGGAUGAAAUGUGACUGAGGACCCUGGCUGACUCUUGACUCAUGUGGUUCUGUUCUGUAGGAGUCCUUCUUCCAUUGGGCUUUUGGAGUGACUGAAGCCGACUGCUACGGAGCCAUCGAUGUGGACACUGGAAAAUCCAUCCUCUUUGUGCCCAAGCUGCCUGAGAGCUAUGCAACCUGGAUGGGAGAGUGAGUCAGUCACUGUAACUCAAACUAUAUGUGAAUAUGAUCAGCCUCAGGAGACAGCCCACCACUUUCAGCAUCAUGGACUCAGACACUAAGAAUACUCCUUAGGCCUGCUCAUUUAAAACAAAUUGUGUCAUUGUCUGUUGACAGGAUCCAUCCGCGGGAAUACUUCAAGGAGAAAUACGCCGUCGAUGAGGUGCAGUACACCUGUGAUGUAAGUUAGUGUGUCACGUUUGCAUGCACAUACUGUACACCUUACCCAUCUUUGUAGUGUUGUAGCUUAGCUUGUGACCUUGUAGCUUCACUCGUUUCCCUCUAUUUGAUAGUCAGUUCUCUCUGAUCCCUCAACAAUGCUGCCUUUCUUUCUGAACUCUUACAGAUUGCUGAUGUCUUCUCCAAGAUGAAGCUUAGAGCCCUUCUCACUUUGGUUUGCUCUUAAUAUAUUCUGUUGAUGCUAUGAUAGUGGUUUACAGUAGCAGUUCAUUAGAUAAAGUAUCAUUUUAAGAGAGACGUGAAAGUGGGCCUGAUAAGUAUUUCAUGUUUCUUCCAGCGUGGACAGAACACAGAUAGUGGAAGUACCUGCCGCGAAGCCUCCUUUGAAGGAAUCAGUCAGUACGUUUAAUUGGCAUCAAUUGAUAUCCAUUUGAAUCAAACUUGUAUUUCUAAUUUAUUUGGUUGAAUGUUUUACCUUGAUCAAAUGAUCUUGUGUCUUAUAUUUCAGAUUCCAAGUGAACAACACUCUUCUGCAUCCAGUCAUUGUGGAAUGGUAAGUACUGUAUGAUACUAUAUCCAGCUCGUAACCAUUGGUUGCUGCUUCUUUUCUGUUAUUUAUGUGGAACUAUUUUUGUAAAAUCUUAUUAGUCUACUGUGGCUGUUUCACACUGAGUCAUCUGAGGUGGUGACUGGAUCUCUAAUAUGAAGAGAAUCAUUAAGACAUAAAUGGUGGUAGAAACCAUGACCAAGAAUAGAAUCAGAAAAACACCUCACUAACAAGAUGGCAAGAUGCUGAUUUCCCUGAAAGAUAAAGAGGGCAGUGUAAGGCUCCUCCAGCAGUGAGGAAUGGAUGAGUAAUACAGGUAUUAUUUCUGCAUUCAUUAUGAGCUACCAAAUAUAAAGCACCCACAUGCAUACACACACAAACACAGAGCUUUGGCUUUCAUCAUCAUUCUUUUGCCUCUGGUUGGGUGCUAUAAGCCAGGCUUAGUAUGUGUUUGUGCAUGAUAGAAUUAAGCAGUAAGGCCCAAGGGGGUGUGGUAUAUGACCAAUAUACCACAGCUAAGGGCUGUUCUUAUGCACGAUACAAUGCGGAGUGCCUGGAUACAGCCCUUAGCCGUGGUAUAUUGGCCAUAUACCACAAACCCUGAGGUGCCUUAUUGCUAUUAUAAGCUGGUUACCAACGUAAUUGAACAGUAAAAAGUCAUGUUUUGUCAUACCCGUGGUAUAUGGUCUGACAUAGCAUGGCUUUCAGCCAAUCAGCAUUUCAGGGCUCGAACCACCCGGUUUAUAAUAUAGAAAUAUACACCUGGCAUAUUGAUCUAGGAGGCUCUUGACUCCUUGUUCCUUCUCUUCCUGCAGCCGGCUGACUAAGACUGACAUGGAGCUGGAGGUCCUGCGAUACACUAACCGGAUUUCCAGUGAAGCCCAUAAAGAGGUAAAAUCCUGCAGAACAGACAGACAGACAGACAUACCUGCCACAGGGGGAGAAGGAGCUCAAGAUUCUGGCUCAUCUGUGCAUUUUGGAUUUUAGGGGACCAAAGGUAUUGGGACAAAUUCACUUAUGUGUAUUAAAGUAGUCCACAGUUUAGUAUUUGGUCCCAUAUUCCUAGCACGCAAUGAUUACAUCAAGCUUGUGACUACAAACUUGUUGGAUGCAUUUGCUGUUUGUGUUGGUUGUGUUUCAGAUUAUUUGGUGCCCAAUAUAAAUGAAUGGUAAAUAAUGUAUUGUGUCAUUUUAGAGUUACUUUUAUUGUAAAUAAGAAUAGAAUAUGUUUCUAAACACUUCUACAUUCAUGUGGAUGCUACCAUGACUACGGAUAGUCCUGAAUUAAUCAUGAAUAAAGAUGAGUGAGAAAGUUGGAUGCACAAAUAUCAUACCCCCUACUCAUUCCAGGGUUUUUCGUAUUUUUACUAUUUUCUACAUUGUAGAAUUAUUAUUUUAUUUAUUUAUUUAUUUAACCUUUAUUUAACUAGGCAAGUCAGUUAAGAACAAAUUCUUAUUUACAAUGAAGGCCUACACCGGCCAAACCCGGACGACGCUGGGCCAAUUGUGUGCCGCCCUAUGGGACUCCCAAUCACGGCCGGUUGUGAUACAGCCUGGAAUCGAACCGGGGGUCUGUAGCAAUGAGAUGCAGUGCCGUAGACCGCUGCGCCACUCAAAUAAAUGCUUCAUAGAGUUCAAGUAACAGACACAUCUAAACAUCAACUGUUCAGAGGAUAAUAAUAGUGAAUACAUCAAAACUAUGAAAUAACACAUAUGGAAUCAUGUAGUAACCAAAAAAGUGUUAAAUAAAUACAAAUAUAUUUUAUAUUUGAGAUUCUUCAAAGUAGCCACCCUUUGCCUUGAUGACUGCUUUGCACACUCUUGGCAUUCUCUCAACCAGCCUCAUGAGGAUGCAUUGGAAUGCAUUUCAAUUAAUAGGUGUGCCUUGUUAAAUGAUAAUUUGUGGAAUUUCUUUCCUUCUUAACGCGUUUGAGCCAAUCAGUUGUGUUGUGACAAGGUAGGGGUUUGAUACAGAAGAUGGCCCUAUUUGGUAAAAUACCAAGUCCAUAUUAUGGCUAGAACUUCUCAAAUAAGAAAAGAGAAACAGUCCAUCAUUACUUUAAGACAUGAAGGUCAGUCAAUCCGGAAAAUGUCAAGAAUUUUGAACGUUUCUUCAAGUGCAGUCGCAAAAACCAUCAAGCGCUAUCAUGAAACUGGCUCUCAUGAGGACCGCCACAGGAAAGGAAGACCCAGAGUUACCUCUGCUGUAGAGUAUAAGUUCACUAGAGUUCAAGUAACAGACAUAUCUCAACAUCAACUGUUCAGAGGAGACUGCGUGAAUCAGACCUUCAUGGUCAAAUUGCUGCAAAGAAACCACUGCUAAAGGACACCAAUAAUAAUAAGAGACUUGCUAGGGCCAAGAAACACGAGCAAUGGACAUUAGACCGGUGGAAAUCUGUCCUUUGGUCUGAUGAGUCCAAAUUUGAGAUUUUUGGUUCCAACCGCCGUGUCUUUGUGAGACGCAGAGUAGGUGAAUGGAUGAUCUCUGCAUGUGUGGUUCCCACCGUGAAGCAUGGAGGAGGAGGUGUGAUGGUGUGGAGGUGCUUUGCUGGUGACACUGCCUGUGAUUUAGUUAGAAUUCAAGGCACACUUAACCAGCAUGGCUACCACAGCAUUCUGCAGCGAUACGCCAUCCCAUCUGGUUUGGGCUUAGUGGGACUAUCAUUUGUUUUUCAACAGGACAAUGACACAAAACACACCUCCAGGCUGUGUAAGGGCUAUUUGACCAAGAAGGAGAGUGAUGGAGUACUGCAUUAGAUGACCUGGGCUCCACAAUCACCCGACCUCAACCCAAUUGAGAUGGUUUGGGAUGAGUUGGACCGCAGAGUGAAGGAAAAGCAGCCAACAAGUGCUCAGCAUAUGUGGGAACUCCUUCAAGACUGUUGGAAAAGCAUUCCUCAUGAAGCUGGUUGAAAGAAUGCCAAGAGUGUGCAAAGCAGUCAUCAUGGCAAAGGGUGGCUACUUUGAAGAAUCUAAAAUCUAAAAUAUAUUUUGAUUUGGUGAACCCUUUUUUUGGGUUACUACAUGAUUCCAUAUGUGUUAUUUCAUAGUGUUGAUGUCUUCACUAUUAUUCUGCAAUGUAGAAAAUACAAAAAAUAAAGAAAAACCCUUGAAUGAGUAGGUGUGUCCAAACUUUGACUGGGACUGUAUACAGUAUAUAUAAUACUUUUGGUUCCCUAAAAUGGGGGGACUAUGUACAAAAAGUGCUGUAAUUUCUAAACGGUUCACCCGAUGUGGAUGAAAGUACCCUCAAAUUAAAGCUGAGAGUCUGCACUUUAACCUCAUAGUCAUUGUAUCAUUUAAAAUACAAAGUGCUGGAGUACAGAGCCAAAACAACCAAAAAUGUGUCACUGUCCCAAUACUUUUGGAGCUCACCAUGUUGUUAUAUCAAGAUUCAUAUAUGAAUAUAAUCAAAGCUAAAAUAAUACAUCUCAGAGGCAUCAAUGCCCACUUGCAGCCUUGUAUAUCACAGGUACAGCCAACCUGAAGUGCUUUUUUCAUUUCUCUUCAGAUCAUGAAGAAUGUGAGACCUGGACAGAAAGAGUAUGAAAUGGAGAGGUGAGUGGAGCUUUUUAUCAUGAAGGGUAUGCCUGCAAUAUUGAACUGUUUCUACCGUAUAAAAGUAUAUUGUAUGACGAAAAGGCUAUGUAGUGUACUAUGUCCUGUCUGACCAUAAAGGUGAUGGUAGAACAGUAUGUUCCUUAUCUAUGCCAAGGUGUGUUCCUCUGGAUAAACUACAUUCACAGCACUACAGAUCUGAUCACUACUGAAGUCAUAAGUAUUUGGACAAAUUCACUUAUAGUGUAGUCAAAAGGGUAGUAUUUGGUCCCAUAUUCCUUGCACGCAAUGACAACAUCAUGCUUGUGACUAUAAACGUGUUGGAUUCAUUUUGGUUUGUCUUGUGCCAUUUACUUUUAUUGUAAGUAAGAAUAGAAGAUGUUUCUGAACACUUCUACCUUAAUGUGGAUGUUACCAUGAUAAUGGACCAUCAGGCAAAAAUCCUAUCCUCCCCUGUUAUUAGUAAUGGUGAGAGGUUAGCAUGUUUUGUUGUAGCCUCUGAACGGCAUCUCACUCAUCAUUAUUCAUGAUUUUUCUUAAUCGUGGCAUUAUCAUGAUUUAUUUAGAAGGGUUCAGAAAUAUCUUAUCCACUGACUUAGAAAGAAAAUGAUUAGUCAUCAUUCAUCAUUCAGUUACUAUUGGGCAAAACAUAAUCCAAAACAAGUUUGUAGAGUCACACGUUUGAUGUAAUCAUUGCAUGCAAGGAAUAAGGGACCAAAUAAUAAACUUUUGACUACUUUGAUACACUAUAAGUGCAUUUGUCCAAGUACUUAUGACUUCUUCACAUGGGGGGGACAAUACAUGAAGUGCUUUUAUUUCUAAAUGGUAAAACAGAGACAGUAUGUAUGAAAAUCCCCUCAAAUAAAAGGUGACAUUCUGUACUGUCACCUCAUGUGAAACAUUUGAUUUCAAAUCUAAAAUGCUGGAGUAUAGAGACAAAUGAAAAAAUGACUUCACUGUCCAAAUACAUAUGGAGGGGAGUGUAUUUACGAUGUAGCAACAGCCACCCACUGAGCUGAAUCAAUUUCCUGUUUCUAGCUGGCAGCUUUUUGUGUUUUUAAUUAAACCUUCAUCUGGGUGACUGAAGAGUGUAAAUAAUCUGAGCUACUAUAUCAGCGCCCCUCGCCAGCCCACUAUCUGACUAAUUGACUGCAGCAAGAACGUGCAGCAGAGAAUAUGUAAUCACUGACUCAAGUCUCCAGUGAAUAGACAAAUAAACUAGUGAAGAUGAGUCCAAAUGCUUUUAUUAUACUAUCCUCCUGUUAAGUAUCAGGCGAUGGAGAUCUUCAAGGUGGGGUCGCUUUGGAUAAAAGCGUCUGCUAAAUGGCAUAUUAUUAUUAUUAUUAUUAUUAUAUUAUUAUAGGUUUAAGUGACUCCCCUCUUGUAUUCUAGGCUAAUGAAUAUGAAAAAUGAGGUUAACCCCCUCAUAUAUUGUCAUUGUUAGAGCUGGGGAGCUUCUUGUGUAUGGUCGCUCAUGUCAAUGCUUUACUGUUGCAGCCUGUUCCAGCACUACUGCUACUCUCAUGGGGGAAUGCGUCACACCUCCUACACCUGUAUCUGUGGAACGUAAGGCACUUCCCUUUGCUACACAGAAUGGGGUUAAUGGAGAACAUAGAGCAUCUGAAAUGCAUGACAGCUGAGGUCAAUUUGGAUAUACAGAAAUUAGGUGCUAUUUUUCUAUCUGACUUGUAUGUUCAGUGCCUCUAUAAUGACCUACUUGUAUGCUUAAAUCUUCAACAGUGGAAACAAUGGCUCAGUUCUGCACUAUGGCCAUGCAGGAGCUCCUAAUGACAAGACCAUCCAUGACGGAGACAUGUGGUAAGUCGGCCAUCAUUUCACAUGAUGUGUCGUUAUUCCACUCCUCAAUUGUCCUUUUUGGGUUGUUUGCUUGGUUUUGUUAGAUGUGUUCAUUUCGUCUUGGAUUUGUAUAUCAAAAACACUUGCAGUGAUCUGUUGUUUUGUUUAAUGGAAUACUGUACAUCUCAGAUAGCUACACCUCCCCAGCUGUCAUUAGUAUAGUAGGGUGUUGUCUUGUACUCACUGUUAGCUGGAUCCACUGAGUGGCUCUCCCAUGGGUUUACUCAUAGACAGAGCACAGCUUGGACUGGGUUUGAACCUGAGGCAGGCUGCUGUGUGUAUAGGGACUACUGAUGGAGAUUUAAAGUGGCUGUGUGGAGCGCCCAUGGUGACACAACAUGAGCACCUUUGAAAGCCAAAACUUGUAUUCAUUCUGAUGUACAUGCUGUGAACAAUUUCUCUGAUUUAUGUUUGGAAAUGAUGCUGGAAUGGCUGUAGAGCCCUCUGGGUGAGCAAUAACACUGAUGUAACUGUGACCUGUGGUUUUUUCUUGCAGUCUGUUUGACAUGGGUGGAGAAUACUACUGCUACUCCUCUGACAUCACCUGCUCUUUCCCAGCCAAUGGAAAGUUCACUCCAGACCAGAAGGCCAUCUAUGAGGCUGUGCUCAAGUCAUCACGGGCUGUCAUGGCUGCCAUUAAACCAGGUAUGAUCAUACUGUACACAGGCAGGAUUGAGGAAGCAUUCACUAAACAUACAGUACAAACUUAGCUUGGGCAAUUUGUUCUAUGGUUAGACUAAUAGUGAGUUGUUGAAGUCUGAAGACUACCACAGAACAUGCCAUAUCCUCACCACCAGUCAUUAUCACCUGCAUACUAGGCUGCUUUGAAACUUUUAACCUCCAAUUAAAAACCUGACUGGAAGGGUCUUGUGUUUCAGAGGUCAAGUGGACAGAGAUGCACCGUCUGGCUGACCGGGUUCACCUAGAAGAGCUGGUGAAGAUUGGGAUCCUGCGUGGGAGUGUGGAGGACAUGCUGAAGGUCCACAUGGGCUCUGUCUUCAUGCCCCACGGCCUGGGACACCUGCUGGGCAUCGACGUGCACGACGUGGGCGGAUACCCAGAGGUCAGUACCAAAGAGAUAGAUACAGUAUUCUAUUUAUCUCAAUGAUCAGUGCUACAUAAAGUUCUAAAUACACUUCCAAAAAGACAUGAGUGGCUCUUUCCUUAUGGACAAAGCUAACGUCCGUGUCAUGUCGCUUGUUCUUGGUUACACAGGGUAUUGAGCGGGUCAACGAGCCCGGUCUGAAGAGCUUGAGGAUGGGCCGUCUGGUGCAGGAGCGCAUGGUCCUGACUGUGGAGCCUGGUAUCUACUUCAUCAACCACCUGCUGGACCAGGCCUUGGCCAACCCAGCCCAGAGCUGCUUCAUCAACAAUGAAGUGCUGGCCCGCUUCCGCGGCUUUGGAGGGGUACGUUUACCUGUCCACAGACAAUUUGUGCUAAUUCGUUUAUGUGCUGGUUUUACUGUCAAAGUGAACCACCCAAAGCUUGCACAUAGAAACCCCUUGGUCUCAAUCAACUCCAUGGCAGCAAAUAAUAUACACAUAUGCUCUUCUGUUAAGUCUUCUGCUAUAACUGCUUCCCCCUGAUCCUUAUCUGCUGUUGAUUGUUAACCUUGGCUCUGACCCUCGUGUCUUACUGGAUGUUUCCCCUCCUCUGUCCAGGUGCGUAUUGAGGACGACAUUGCAGUGACUGCCAGUGGAAUGGAGCUGCUCACCUGUGUCCCUCGUACAGUGGAGGAGAUUGAGGCUUUCAUGGCCGACCGUGGAAAAUCCUUCUAAGUAACGUCACUCAAAUCCAAGAUGAUCUAACCAAAUGGUAUUUUCACUCCUAAAUCUGGAGAGAAUAUCUGUUUUCUGAUAUAAAGGAUGCAGUUUCUCUAAUGAUAUCUUACCUGUCUACAUAAUGCUAUAUCUAAUCAAUAAUGGAUGCUUUAAAUGCUGAACUUUUCAACAAAAGCAGGUUAAACUACCUAUACUAUUUUAAGCUCUUAGUGAUAAAGAUAAUUUUGAAAAUGAAGAGAAAUGCAGUGUAUUAAACUGCUGUGGCCAUCUUGCCAUGUAAAAACAGUGUUGACGGUUGACAAUAUUUCAGUGCCUGGUUAAUUGCUUUAUGACUGUGUGUAAUAAUAUAAUACUUUAUUUUCUUGGACAUUUAUGCAAUUCUCAUAAAAUACAGUGCAAUUUAAGUAAAUAAACCCCUCAAUUUGCAGUUUUGCGUUCUGUGACAUUUGUAGAGGGUGCUUCCAUUUGUAAAUGCCAGGGAACAUAAAGUGUCAUGGAACAGUGGGUUGGUUUACUACAACUUUGUAGUAAUACUGCCAGUCUUCACUAGAUGGGGUCCUUAAGUCAUUCUCAAGUUCAUGUAGCUCUGGUAAGAAGAGUUGCCUUGUUUCGAUGCUCUUAUUUGUUACAGAUUUGAUUCACACCACCAGUGAACUGGUGUUCAAAUAAAUGGAAUGACUACAAAUAUGCACUAAAUAAGUACAAACAACAGAAGUUUAUUUACCCAUUCUCUCCAAAACAGUGUCAAUCAAACCUUGCCCAUUUCCAUUAUGAAGUAGUGUACAGUACAUUGCAGAUGUUUGCAUUAAAAUUCAAAAUACUAAAGUAUAGCAUUUCAGUCAUACCCCAUGCCUCUGAUAAAAAAAAAAGAUAGUGUUAUGUUAAAUAAGUGUUAAAUCAUCAACUUAAAUACUUGGCAGUUGGCACAUUCAGUUAAUUCCCUUUAACUCAGACAAAGUUGCAUUGAAUACACUAUAUUAUCAUGUCUUUACCUACAGAUUCCAUCCCAGAUGUAGCAUCUCAUUACACAUACAGUACAUACAGGAUGAGAACACAUCAACCAUGGUAAAUAUGUCCUCAAAACCUUUUAUUACAGUGAAUGUUACUAUGCUGGAUGGAAUCAAAAAGGAACUCCUUGCUCUUGAGGUACAAUACAGGAUAAAGGACAAAAUAGUGGGGCAUAAUACUUUACUGGCAUGGUCAAUGUAUCACCUUUGUUUAGGUGUUUACUAGGCCUACAUGAGCAUAACAAUUUACAAUGGUGUAAUACUUUUUAUCUCACACAAAUGUAGUAGUUAUUUUACCUUCUCUUUAAGAAGUAUAGUGUUCUAGAACUUCUAACCAUCUGCUUUAA